AUGAAGAGUCGAUGUAGAAGGCGACUGGUAGCACUUUUUACUUGCUUUCUUGGCCUCUCGCUGAUCUUCCCUUGUGCUGGUUUAAAAUCUAAACGCAAGAAAUUGCAGCGACGCUCAAUAUCGGAAAACAUCAAAAGUUGCAAACAUUGGAAGUUCGAGACCACAGAAGACCCACACUUUGCCGAUAUCAGUGUGAAGCUACAUAAUGCGGCUCCUUCGACAAAAAAGAUGUCUGUAGCCUUACAAUGUGCGGCAAUGAAAAAACUACAGGAGCCGAAGUCAGCCUUUACGGUUCCAGCGCGCCAGACACACCGUUUUGCCUUUAGGAUCGCUGUUGCAUCUAAGUACCACCACAAGGACCGAACCGUGCAUAAACAUACAUGUAAACUGUCUACAUGGACUAAUGAUGAACACAGUCUUGUCACUUGCGAAAUAAAAGUCAGCGUUUGGCCAAAUGGGAUGUUUUACUACAAAUGCUCAUCGUACCAACAGGGACAGCUGACAGUUUCACAAUCAACUUCUUUGAAAGCACGAAAGAUGAAUUUUCAUAAUAAUGGGGAGUCUUCUAUCCUGCUUAUAAAUUCGACUUGCAAGCCAGUGGCACUGACUCUACAACUAAUAGACAUGUACAAGCAGCUUGACAAGGGAAAGAGUUGGACUCUCGAACUGCCAUUAUCUUGUUCAGGAGCAACGAGUCUGAAUUACCGGGGAAAGUGCUCAGUUAAAAUAUACCACGUCUGUCGCGAAGUCAAAUCUCAAGUGGAUAAAAAAGUGUUUGACUUGAAGGAUGGUGAAAUCGACGAAUGUGAACACGCCAAGACCAUGCUGGGUAAAUUUGCCGUGAGUAGUUUUGCUGCAUCUUUUGGAGUCAACGAUGACUGGUCUGCGGCUCUGGCUCUCACCACAAUAAUAGAGUUGGUUUUGAUCUUAACAACUCUCGUCAUCAAGGUCAUUGUCGUUGGGCUUCAAAAAGGCUGGGACUCAUCAAGAGAGGAAUUUUUUUAUCGCUUUUACAAAGCCGUGAGAAUAACUCACAGUGAUUCAACGUACAAGAUCAAGGAAGGUAGAUCACGUAAAUGUUGCUUAACAGAAAAGAAAAUACAUUCGAUAAAAUUCCAUGUAACUGCGAUACAAGGGAGAAGGAGGUCUUUGACUGUCGUCUUUCUAGUGUUUUGGGGCACGUCAAGUUGCUGUAUUUUUUUCGGCAUCAAGCCUCAAUUUUCUCCAGCGAUGUCAAAUACGUCCUAA